AUGGAGCUGGAUCGCACUGUCACGGAAUUCGUGUGGAAGGGACAAGUGCCUUUGAGAAUAUCAGUACAUUCAGAGGAUGUCAAGACAUUGAUGGGAAGCAGCAGUACCAGUACAGGUCAACGCGAUAUUGAUCCACAACACAUACUCGCACUGCGUUGCUCAUAUCUACCACUACUGACUAGCACAAUACGGAAAUAUUUCACUGAACUUUGUAAUCAGCCGCUAGUCAUUGAUGACGCUGAUAUUUGGUACGAGUGUGAAGGAGUACCUCUCAAAUGGCAUUAUCCCAUUGGUCUGCUAUUCGACAUACAUAAUGGAGCUCGACAAUUACUACCUUGGACUAUAACAGUCAGAUUCACUUCCUUCCCUGCCGACAAACUGAUACGAGUCAAUGCUGCUUCAUCCAUGGACGCUCCACACGACUUUUUCAUGGCACUAAUUAAAGAAGCUGACUUUCUACGGACGGGAUCGAUCAAGAAAGUGAUGGGUCUGAGUAAAGCUGACCAGAGCUCGCUAUGGGAGGGUCUAUGCUCGAAUGACUAUGAAAAGUUCUGGGCUGUAAACACUCGUUUAAUCACAAACGAAGGCAUUCAACCGAAAGCUAUACCACUACGAAUCUACAUACAAGAUCGACCUGUGGUUCAAGAGCUGGUGGUUCCGCUAGAUCAAGAACGUAAGAUCAUACCCGGGGUGCCUGAGAAUCCACGGACAAUAAGCAUCGUCCUGCAAGAUGUCUUGAAGGACGCACUAGAUCUAACUAUAGAUAUUUCAACACUUCAGGUCACGCUGCAUGGCGUGGCAAUACCACUGGAUACACCGAUACCAUAUCUGUCUGUGAAUAUGAGCUAUCCAGAUAACUUUUUGCACCUGGUUGUGGUAUUUCCAAGACGUUGA